ACCGGCUCCAUGGACAGAUAUUCAGUACCAGCUUGAAUUAUUCAAAUUGAACCAAGCUUUAGAACAUUUCCCAAACAACAAACCAUCAUGAUUUUUCGGUCAGCCCUCUUCUUGGUGCUAGUCGCCACCAUUGCGACUGUAAUGUCCAGCCCCACCAAGCAGUGUCAAACUUUGUGCACCACUGACACCCAAUGUUGUGAGCCUGGCGGAUGUUACCUCAACGUUUGCACAAGUUGUCGCAUUUCUGGGCAAACGUGCCAACGUGACUCCCAAUGCUGCGCUGCAGGAGGGUGUUACGUGAAUAAAUGCAUGUCUUGCCGUACCCUUGGAAUGACUUGUCAAGCUUCCAGCCAAUGUUGCAGUGGAAUUUGUGGUGCUCUGGGUCAUUGUGUUUGAAAUUUCCCAUCAUGACCUUCAUGGAUUGCUGAACAAGUUUUAUGGAAAAAUAAUUAUAAAUUUAGCAUAGCAUCGUUUAAAGUUAUAAUAAUAUUAAUAUAAUUAAUAGCUUGUACCCAGGUACAAGCUUUGUCAAAUGGCACAUCAAAAACACAAUAAAAAUAUUACAGCAUUAA